ACACACAGAGGCAUUACAUUUUACGAGUAGUAGAUAAUACAAUGAAAUUGACCAAUCUCGCCUUCCAGAAUCUCGGUCAUCGAUGAGUGAUGCACUGCCUCCCGCUAAACUCAGAGGUAACCGAAGACACCUAUCCUUUCUACUAAAAACCUGCCAUCCCCCUUCAUAACGAAAGCCAACAGCAAAGUAUUGCAAGCGAUUUUUAUCUUGACACGCUAAGAAAAUCAAACCGAAUACUUUAUUAGCGAUGGAUACUCCAACCUCAUGCUCUGUCUUAGUCAUCGGCGCAGGCCCCGGUGGAUCCUUCGCUGCUGCAGCGUUUGCCCGCGAAGGUGUAGACGUCGUUCUGCUUGAAGCGGAAACAUUCCCAAGGUAUCACAUAGGUGAAAGCAUGCUGGCAUCUAUACGAUUCUUCCUCCGGUUCAUCGGCCUUGAUUCGGAGUUUGACAACCACGGUUUCAAUGAGAAACGAGGCGCGGCUUUCAAAAUUAACGAUAAGCAAGAAGGCUACACCGACUUCCUAGCUGCUAAUGGGCCAGGCAACCAUUCUUGGAACGUCAUUCGCUCUGAGGCUGAUGACAUGAUGUUUCGACACGCCGAGAAGUGCGGGGCUAAGGUCUUUGACGGAACAAAAGUCGAUAAAGUUCAGUUCGAACCUUACCCUGCUACCGUCAAUGACAUUGGUCGUCCUGUAUCAGUUGAUUGGUCGCGCAAGAACGGUGAACGCGGUACGAUCAAGUUCGACUACCUGGUAGAUGCCAGUGGAAGAGCCGGCGUCCUCUCCACCAAAUACAUGAAGAACAGAAAAUUCAACCAAAGCCUGAAGAACUUGGCAACAUGGAGCUACUGGAAGGGAGUAAAGUCAUACGGCGUGGGCACCGAACGUGAAGGUGCUCCGCUAUUUGAAGCACUUGAUGAUGGAACUGGAUGGGUUUGGAACAUUCCAUUGCACGAUGGCACCGUAUCUGUCGGUGUAGUUAUGGAGCAAGAAGUAGCCAUUCGAAAGCGAAAGGCAAUGGGCUCUCCAUCUGACGUCGAAUUCUAUCGCCACUGCAUCAAGUCCGCUCCCCUGAUCAAAGGUUUUAUGGAGAACGCGGAGAUGGUCAAGGAGUGCAAGUCAGCUUCAAACUACUCGUACAGUGCCAGCGCGUAUGCGUCGCCAUACCUUCGAAUUGUAGGCGAUGCGGGCUGCUUUAUUGAUCCUUACUUUUCUUCCGGUGUUCAUCUUGCUCUGUCAAGCAGUCUAUCCGCAGUGGCUACUGUUCAAGCAGCUCGAAAUGGCGAUUGCGACGAAGCCACAGCAGCAAAAUGGCACAACGACAAGGUCAACGAGGGGUACACUGUGUUUCUGCUCAUUGUUCUGGCGACUAUGAAGCAGAUCCGUGCAAAACUCGAGCCGAUUUUGAGCGAUUGGGAUGAAGAGGGUUUUGAGCGGGCAUUCUCCUAUUAUCGCCCAAUCAUUCAAGGAACAGCUGGUACCGACUUCAGCGGCAAACUUACUCAAGAGGAGCUAUCCAACACUGUUGAAUUCGCAAUGCAAUCCUACAACUACGUCACCCCCGACGAAGAAGAGCAUGGCAUGAAAUUGAUGAAGGAGAUGAACAACCCGAUUCCAGGGCGAAGCAAGCUCCAAAUGUCAGAGGAUGACGAACGAAUCCUUCGCACGAUUCAGGCGCGCAAAAUGCUUCAGUGUCAGGCCACCAUCAAUCUCAAUCACUUCACAGGACAAGCCGUCAACGGAAUGGCUCCUAGACUGGAAAGGGGCAAAGUUGGCCUGACCCCAGCAAUUCAAACUCAAAAGAGCGCCAAGGAAGAAGCGCCCAGAGCCCCAGUCCCCACGCUCAAUAAAGACAUGGCCACAAACAAGCAGGGGGUUAAGACUCAUUAG